CAUCAGUCAAGUCGGACUUUGAGCGACCCUGUUCACCACCUCAAGGGUUCUCUUCCCGCAAAGCCUCACCCCAGAGCAUUCAUCCGUUGGCCGUUGCACACUUCGACCAACAUCAUCACCUCUUCUUUCCACGAGGCUACUCAUUGUCCACCAUGAGACAAUUCUAUUCCACCUUUUCUGUCAUCCUCGCCACGUGGUCGACCUUCUCAACCCUUCUGCCCGUCCAUGCUCUCUCAAACAUCACCUUCUAUUCAGACACUUCGUGUCAGACAGUCAUCGGGGAAAAGAACGGCCCCGAUGAUGGCACUUGUACCCAAUUUUUGACCGAGGCGAGCAAUUUUGGCAGUUUCAGAGUCACCAGUCUUGACCAGACGUGCGCAGUAACCAUUUACGGCGCCAAUCCUCCUUUCUGCAGCUCCAGCCAACUCGCUCUUGCCCCCUUCGGCGAUUGCGUUACUGACACCACUGUCAAUCAAUUCUCCGUCGACUGUCAAGAUUACUCGGUUGCCAUAUCCAAUGAGCCUCAGAUCUUCACUGGCGAAGCCCCGGGUACCGCCGCAGCCAACGAUAAUAACGACUCGGACUCGGACUCGAACCCAAAUGGCAGUGUCGACAACCUGUCCGCGGGCGCCAAAGCCGGCAUCGCCAUUAGCGCCGCCAUAGGCGGAAUUGCCUUGACCGCACUCAUUGUUUGGCUGGCCAUCCGCAACAAUCGCCGCAAGAAACGAGACAUGGAGGCUGCUUUGGUAGAGGCUGAUUCCUCCGCUGCUGCACCUCCGUACUCGGAACUACCCCCCGAGGAAAAGAAGCCACCUGUCGAGUUGCCACCACAGGCCAUGGUACCCGUAGAGGCCCCGGGUGAUGAUGUCUGGCCGGGACGAGAAUUACAAGGCGAUGACUUGAGAAGAAAGCCAAGCACCAAUCCAAAAGAUUUGUCCUGCACAACGGAGAAGGGCAAAAGUGAAAUCACGGCCAUAUCAACGGCGAUUGAGUCUUCAGAUGGCAGCAAUCGCUCGGACGACGACCGUCUGCGCACCCCAGCCCUGUCGGGCAUUUCUAGUGAAGACAUUGUUUCACCCGCAACUUCUGUCCAGAUUUCAGGCCGGAGACUUGGGUUUUAG